AUGCGACCCUUCAAAACUUUAAAUUCCAUAUUGCCAGAGUUGUACAUCCGACCCAAUUCGGUAAUCACGAGCUCAAAUCCUCUUAAUUUGCUCUUCAAAGUUGACGUCCGGCCCUGCUUGUUCUGUGGUGUUUUUAGCCGCCAUCACCCUUUAUGGAACCCAAUUCUGGUGUCACUCGUGGGUGAAAAUGCUAAUUCCUUUGAGGGUGUGAUAAGAGACCAGGGACUUCCCCUUGGAAACCAGAUGGGAGAGUCCACCCUCGCUAAUGGAACCGCCCGUAGCACAAUCGACCUUGUGAUCAUACGAUUCGCAACUGGCACACCGCUGUCACCCCUGGCGGUGCCCACCACUUCAUCUAUUGUUCUAUCCCACUCAAAAGCCUCAUCCCACCGAAACGAAGCGUCCGAACGGUCCUCCGUUGGAAACUCGCCAGCCAGGAGGAACGCCGUCAGUGCGCCAAGAAACAGCCGCCCCUAUUUGACCAUCACUCAGCUCACACCGCCCUUUCCGACCUCAACCGCACAGCACUAG